GCCCAUCGAAGUCACAUGAUUUGUUCAUGUAAACAUGGCGUGCAGGCGGAACGGAGCUGACCGUGUUAGAAGUUUUACAGAGGUUUUAGAUCUUUUAAAGAUGUUUUUGCUUUUGUUUUGUAUGUUUACGGCCGUUCGAGCAGAAAUACGAACGGCUGUGAUCGACAAGCAAACCGGACAGCUGUCUGUCAUAGAGGGAUAUCAGGAGGAUUUUGUGGCUUGGGCGAAUUUCACUGAUGAUAUUGAAACGUCAGGUUGGUCUUUCUUGGAGGUGACUACCAGCAGUCGGUACAACGACAGCAUCCAGGCUUACGCUGCAGGUGCAGUUGAGGCUGCAGCAACGUCUCCGCUGAUCUAUAAACACUGGAUGAACACUCUAAUGGGUUACUGCGAACCCUUGAUGUAUGAAUCUGCCUACUGCGAGCGCCUUAAGUCUUUCAUCAUAACCAACAUGCAUUGGAUUCAGGACCAAAUAGAGAAUAAUCCAAACUCACCCUACUGGUACCAGGUGCGUCUGACAUUGCUGCAGCUCAAAGGUUUGGAGGACAGCUACAAUGAUCAGCUGUCUUUGCCAAUAGGGUCAUUCUCUCUCAACCCAUUUGGCUUCCUACUUUUCCAAAUGGGCGGAGACCUUGAGGACCUGGAAUCGGCUCUGAAUAAAUCCAGUCAAACCCGACCCAUUGGCUCUGGCUCCUGCUCUGCACUGAUUAAGCUUCUGCCUAACAAUAAGGAACUGCUGGUGUCACAUGACACCUGGAACACCUACCAGGCCAUGCUGCGCAUAAUGAAGAAAUACAUUUUUGCCUUUAAAGUUUCUCCUCUAGACAACUAUGUUCUUCCUGGAAGAACUCAGGCAUUCUCAUCCUACCCUGGAUCCAUCUUCUCUGGGGAUGACUUUUACAUCCUAAGCAGCGGCUUGGUUACUUUGGAAACCACCAUUGGCAACAGCAACCCUGCUCUCUGGAAAUAUGUUCAGCCCACUGGAACAGUCAUGGAGUGGCUGAGAAACAUUGUUGCAAAUCGGCUCGCUGCUACUGGCAAGGACUGGGCAGAAAUCUUCACGAAGUACAACAGUGGAACUUACAACAACCAGUGGAUGAUUGUCAACUACAACCUCUUCACUCCAGGGAAGACUGACAUCACAGAAGGGCUCUUUGUCGUGCUGGAGCAGAUUCCAGGACUCGCCAUUUACGCUGAUAAAACUCAGGAACUGCUGAAGAAAGGAUACUGGGCUAGUUACAACAUACCGUACUAUGUGGAAAUAUUUAAUAAGAGUGGCUGCAAUGAGUUGGUUGAGAAGUUUGGCCCGUGGUUCUCUCUGGACCAGAAUCCUCGGGCUCAGAUUUUCCGGAGAAACCAGACAGAUGUUACAGAUGUGGACUCGAUGGUCCGCCUGAUGAGGUAUAAUAACUUUAAGGAAGAUCCACUCUCAAAGUGUGACGGCUGUGAUCCACCUGAGAACGGAGAGAAUGCGAUCUCAGCGCGGUCAGACCUGAACCCAGCUAAUGGAACAUAUCCAUUUGGCGCCUUAAAGCAGAGACCACACGGAGGAACAGACAUGAAGCUGACCUCCUACGAGAUGUUUCGAGAGUACGGCAUGGUGGCAGUGAGUGGUCCAACCUGGGACCAAGUGCCACCCUUCCAGUGGAGCGCUUCCCCCUACAAAGACCUGCUACACAUGGGUCAGCCUGAUGUAUGGCGUUUCAAGCCUAUAAAAGUCACCUGGACUCCUUAACUGGCAUCAGUAGUUCCAGCUCUAUGAUGUUUGACAAAGGGAAAUGGCAUCACUGCUUCUCACAAAAAUCUUUAAGUGGUACAGAGAUUAAUAAUGUACCUCUAUUUGAAUAAGAAGACAGAAAAUUUGAUUUUUUUUUUGCAUUUCUCUUUCUCAUGCAAAAUAUGUGAAAAUCAUUAUAAUAAACCCAAUAAAUAUGCACCUUUCUGUGGAGAAAUCA